GUGGAAUCCAAAUGAAGUCGAAGUUUAAUCCACAGCAGUUGCGUUUCUUGCGCUCUGUGUUGUGAUAUAAAUUUUGCGAUGUAAAUAUGUGACUAAGACAACGAAAAUAUGAGCAUCUUUGCGUUGUGUCAGCGCGGCCUCGGCAUGGCCAGAGGAAACAGCUUGGUCAUGUACACACGUUAUGGAAACUCAAGUUGCAUGAACCGCUGCUCCGGUGCAUCUGCCUUGUGCGUAAUACAACAAAGUAGACAACAUUAUAACUUUGGUCACAAAAAGAGGAAGAACAAAGGUAUCGAAAUCGCCUACGGCAUCUUCUUGAUUGGGGCAUCGUCUGCGUUUGUAAUCGACUACCCAUGGAUUGCCAGAACGAUAUGGAACCGCGUUAAAGACAUCUUCAAAGUCAGCGCUGAGAGCAGCGUUUCCGAUGCUAGCAGUGCGGAUCCGCACGAAUCGGAUACGGAGGAAAGCAAAGGAAAAGGCAAGGGGAAGAAAAAGAAAGACAAACCGGGAUUCAGAGACAGAAAAAUAAUCGAAUACGAAAAUCGUAUCCGAGCGUACUCGACACCGGAUAAGAUAUUCAGAUAUUUUGCUACUAUGAGGGUUUACAACGAGAAUGGAGAAUCGGACAUUUUCAUGUCACCUGAAGAUUUUUUGCGCUCCAUUACUCCAGGCACUAAGCAACCCGAGGGUUAUGGCCUCGAUCAGUUCAAGAGGAUCGAUAUUAAGACUGAUAGUCCCACUGGAGCUGGGUACAGGCUUUCUGCUGACAUGGAUGGCAAGACUUUUGCGGGAUUGAAAAAAGACAGCAUCUUCUACAAGCUGAGUUCUUCUGGCCUUAUCAAUUUCUCAGACUACAUAUUUCUUCUCACCGUGUUGUCAGCAUCAAGGCGUCACUUUGAGAUCGCUUUCCGAAUGUUUGACCUCAAUGGAGACGGCAAUGUCGACUACGAGGAGUUCGAAAAAGUACAAACAAUCAUACGCAGUCAGACGUGCAUGGGCAUGCGACAUCGCGACCACCAGACUACUGGCAGCAUCUAUCGUGGAGUUAGCAGUGCAUUGUCUACCUACUUCUUUGGCCCUAAGCUUGAUAAGAAGUUGACAGUAGAAAAGUUUCUCAACUUUCAGCACCAGUUACAGACAGAGAUCCUUACUCUUGAGUUCAUGAGAAAGGAACCAGAUGAGGGGAACUUCAUUCGGGAAUGGGACUUUGCUGACCUGUUGCUCACGUACGCUGGCCUGCCCGACAAGAAACGCUCGCGUAUGCUAAAACGUGUUAAAAAGGCAUUCAAGCCUUGUUCACAGGGUAUCAGCUUGGAUGACUAUCUCCAGUUCUUCCACUUUUUAAGCAACAUUACAGAAGUGGAUACGGCCCUGACGUUUUACCACAUUGCUGGUGCUUCGAUUGAUGAGGCAACACUGAAGCAUGUGGCCAAGACAGUUGCCCAUGUGGACCUUCGGGAUCACGUCAUAGAUGUUGUAUUCACAUUGUUUGAUGAAAAUAUGGAUGGCCAGCUCAGUAACAAGGAGUUUGUGUCUGUCAUGAAGGAACGCCUUCACCGUGGGCUCGAGAAGCCAAAGGACACAGGCUUUGUAAAGCUGAUUAACUCUGCCUGGAAAUGUGCAAAACUGAAGAAACCAGUAUUGCUUGACAUCUGAGCCCACGGACUAGUCAUUACCUCGUCACACUGCUACAUUGUAGUGUAGGUGUUUUAAAGAAUGUAGAUAUGCUGGAGACACUCCGUAUCGCAUAAGGCGAUAGGCUUUGAAGCCAUUGUAUCUAGUUUGUAUCUCUGCUGUUUUAUUGUUUCAAUAAAAAUAACUAAAUUUCC